AUGGGAGAGCGGCAGGACAGAACAUUCCCUCCUAGAAUCUUCGCCAGCUUCAUGCCAAUCUGGCAGCACUUGCGGCCUCUUUGCGAGGUCUUCAGGCUGUGGGAGACAGAUGGCGGCUGCCCUUCCGAGCUCUUGCCUGGGCAGGAGGCGCCCCUUCCCCAGCAACUUAUAUAA